UGUCUACAUGAGUGAGUGAGUGAGUGUAUGAGUGUGUGUUGGUCUCCUUCGGAUUCGACGCACCCUCUUCGACAAACAAGGCAUCGAUCGUUCUCACUCAGAUACCGCUUCUUCUUCUUCGUCUUUCCUCUGUUGUUGCUGUUGUUUUUUUUGUCGUUGUUUCGGUACAUGCUCCACCCCGGCUCAUCCCUUUCGUUGGUGGGUUUCUGCUUGCACAGUUCAGUCCAUGAGCAAAAGCACCUGAUUAGGGUUUCAGAUUGGGGUCUGUUUCACAGCUGAUACCUCGCCUUCGAAGACCCGAAGCAACAGAUCCAACAUUGAGGAACUACUCUUGAAUGUAGUGUAUCUCUGGUUGCUUUCAGCAUUUGCUUCAUCGUGUUUUGGGUUUUGAAAGAAGCCGGGACCAAUGGCGCGUUACGACAGAGCAAUCACGGUCUUCUCUCCUGAUGGGCAUCUCUUCCAAGUGGAGUAUGCAUUGGAAGCAGUCCGGAAGGGGAACGCAGCAGUUGGGGUGCGGGGCACGGAUACUAUAGUUCUGGGCGUGGAGAAGAAAUCCACUGCCAAGUUGCAAGAUGCUCGUACCGUUCGCAAGAUUUUGAAGCUUGACGAGCAUGUGUCGCUUGCCUUCGCUGGAUUGACUGCUGACGCACGUGUGCUUGUCAAUCGUGCUCGAAUUGAGUGUCAAAGUCAUCGUCUUACAGUAGAAGAUCCUGUGACUGUGGAAUACAUCACUCGCUUUAUUGCGGGUUUGCAGCAAAAGUAUACUCAGAGUGGUGGAGUGCGCCCUUUCGGUAUUUCCACACUGAUCGUAGGAUUCGAUCCUUACACAGGCGUUCCUUCCCUUUACCAAACCGAUCCCUCAGGAACCUUCUCAGCUUGGAAAGCUAAUGCUACAGGUCGUAAUUCAAAUUCGGUCCGUGAAUUUCUGGAGAAGAAUUAUACUGAGACAUCAGGUGCUGAAACUGUCAAACUAGCUGUACGAGCACUUCUCGAGGUAGUAGAGAGUGGUGGCAAAAACAUCGAAAUUGCAGUAAUGACCAAGAACGAGGGUUUGCGGUUGCUAGAUGAGGCAGAGGUUGAAGAGAUUGUUUCUGGCAUAGAAGCUGAAAAGGCUGCUGCCGAAGCAGCAAAGAAGGGUCCUCCUCGUGAUCAGUAGGUGCCAGUUAUGGGUCAACGCGAUAGGGUAAUCCCUUUUGGUGGCAAACAUGUUCAAAUUAUCCGUUUUCAACUACUGUUGCAGAUGUCUAUCCAUGUGAACUUGUAAAGCAUGUUGUCAUACCCCGAUUCAGUAAGUUGAAUACUGGCACGAUUUUUGUAGCAUGCAAAUUCCUACACAUGGUAUAAUGAGUCUGAUCCUAUCCAUUCCAAACUUA